AUGUUGAAGAGCACCGCCGGAGGCGGUGGCAUAGGACUGAGGCGAUGCAAUGACGCCGCCGCGCUGAAGGAAGCCCUAGAAGGCGUUCGGCAGCUAGCAGAGGCCAACUUUAGCGACGACGGUGCAUUCCUCGAGCGACACCAGGAAGUAGUUGAAGAGUCUCCGGCACCGCAGCUGCCGGAAAGCGUUCGCGUCAGUAUGCGCGAGGCAGCGGUGGCCUCGGCAGCUGCUGUGAAUUGUCGUAACGUGGGAACUGUGGAGUUUAUCUACAAUGUUGACACAGAGUUCUACUUCCUCGAGGUCAACACUCGACCCCAGGUGGAGCAUCCCGUCACAGAAUCCGUUACAGGUCUCGACUUGGUGGAGUGCAUGGUUCAGAUCGCGAGUCGUAAUUGCGAUGAUCUAUUCGCCAACCAUAAAGGAGGAGUCCUUACGACUGGAUCGUCAUCGAGUCUGGGAGGGUUUGUCGUCUUCUGCGUUGUAGCCAAGGCCGAAAUGUGGAAAUUGGGACAAGUUCGCCCUGGCCAUAAAAUUCGAUUUGAGAUAAUUACCGUCGGCGAGGCUGUUCAACUCGAUAAACAGGUGGAGGAAUCGAUCGAAAAUUUCCCCCUCAACGACGCCGAAUUCCUCGUUUUGGGCCGAGGAGAUGUCUUCAUGGGCAGUCCGUGCGCCAUGCCGCUCGACCCUAGGCACGGACUGUUCGGCACGAAGUACAACCCGCCAAGAAGCUCUACACCAAGGGGAGCUGUGGGGAUCGGCGGUCAAUACUUGUGCAUUUAUGCAACAGAGAUCCUUGGGGGAUAUCAGCUUAUCGGCAGAACCGUGCCCAUUUGGGACGAGAAGAAGCUAAUUUACAUCUACGACGAUGCGAAGAAUGCCAGCGGCGAGCAGGACUGGGUAGAGAUGGGCGACCAGGCAUGGCUCUUCCGUCCAUUUGAUCGGAUUUGCUUCUGCGCCGUCGAGGAAGCCCAAUUGGGCAAUUAUAACCAAUUGUCUCCUAGUAGAAGUAACAGACUCAUUAGAGUGGACGAAAACGGGGUCCUGGACUUGGACGAAUACGAAUCCUGGCUCGAGCAGAAUAAGAAGGAUAUCGAGGACACUGUCGCGCAUCAGAAGGAAACGGUUGCCAAAGCGCCCUUCUUUGACGAACUCCCGAGACCAUAUACCAGAAACCAGACCGGGUGGCCAAUAGGCGAGCAGGCUGAUACUGCAGUAGAGGUGCACAUAUCUCCGCGGCCCCCGCCUCGACAGCAGCGUAGCAGUUUCACGAGCACCUCAAGGCCAAAACUAGUCCGAAGCCCGGAGGCGGCAGUGACAUCGCCUGCCGAUGAGCGCGAUCCGCGUAGUCCAGAGGCUGCUCCCGAGAAACAGGCCGGCCCCCUAAAGGAUGGCGGCGGACCGGUCCCACUCCUGAACGGUUCCCUCGGCUUAGAUCUUGCGACGCACCCCGAAUACGUCGGCUCUACAAAUCACUGGGAGCUAGCUCUUCUCGACUUCGGAGGGACCAGUUCCGAAACGUCAUCCUCGCCUGAACGACUUACCCGCCGACUCAAUGAUCGCACGACCUUUCUUAUCUACUCCGACGAAGCCACUGCAUCCGAGCCACAACGCAUUGCCGACUGCGACGCCAUCGAGGCUAGCAUCCACCCGCCGGGGAAGACCACGGUGGACCUCUAUUUCCGAACUGACCACCCGAGCUUCCCCAUCCUCCACAAGGGCGUGUUCGUCACGAAGCACGCCGUCUCGCACCGAAUGUUCUCGCCGCCCUUGCUUGCGGCCGUGUACCUCAUUGCGCUGGAUUAUCGGUUCUACGACUCCGCCAUGGCCGGCGGCGUCGCGCGGCCCGCGAACGCGGACGGCCGACCCGAGCCAGAAAAGCUGGCCGAGCGCACUAUGGCGGACGAUCUGGAAAGACCCAAGCUGAGCACGCACCAGGCCGGGCUGCUUCUCCUGCAACGAUGUCGCACCGGCACCGAGGCCACCAACUGGACGUUCAUGGCGCAGAUAGUCGACGCGGGCCGCGAGCUGUUCGUCCGGCAAGCGGAGCUCGCGCGGAUGGUGACGGACGUCAUGCGGCGCUUCUACGUGAGCGCGGCGACGAAGCCCGGGGGCACGCUCGACACGAUGGGCGUCGUCGCCGCCGUCGACAUGGCGAAGCCGCUCAUGCUGCGGCUGUGCGAGUGGCACGCCGGCCCACCCGCGCCUUUAUUCCAGACGGACCUUGGUGUUGGAUUGUGGUUUGCCUAUUACACUUAUACGGGAGGCUACUGA